AUCAGAUUUAAAGCAUCCCUGGCAGCUGUCAAGAUGGCCGUUCUGCGCACUUUCCAACACUUAGCCAACGUGAGAACAACAGAGAGCAAAGGCGCAAAAGUAUGAGAAAGAGAGAGAGAGAGCGCACGAGACUGUGAGAGCGUUUGCUACGGCGUCUAGCGGGCGGCCUAGUCCCGCACAGCAUCCAGUGUUUGGUGGGCUGGCAGUAGCAGCAGCAGCUGCUCCAGGUAAACUGAUACACAAAUAAAAAGGCUCUACAAGCGGAACGGCGCGCAGCGUGGGGCGGGCUGGUGACCAAACAGGAGGCAGCAAUGUAGAAAAUGUGUUGUAUUCAAUGUGCAAUGAGAAAGUGCUUGCAACAAAAUGUGGUGCACAAACAAUUAAUGUAAAGUGAAAACAACAACUAAAAUGUCAAGGACUUGAAGAAAUUGUGAGAGACUAGAUUUAUACGCCAGGAUUUGUUUCAAUCAAAAGGUGCUAAAAUGCGUGCCUACUACACCACAAAGGAUAACCGAAAGUUCGGUGAUAUGAGCUAUGAAAGCAAAUAUUUAAUGGAUCCGAAGUAUAUGACAAAACGCGAUCUACAGCAUUAUUAUAAAUACUACAACAUGACCCGGAAUCGUGGCCAAUUUAAGAAGAUUGUGAUUAUUAUAUUCUGUGUGUGCAUCUUCUCCUACUUGUUUGUGGACUACAAUUUGAGGACGCAGUUACUGAGACUGCGCGAUCGCUUCGAUUUCAUAGCGCACAUCGAUGAUGACUAUAAUGCGACCCAGGCGUACUUUCUAGAUACGCCUGGCUGUCGGAUGCCCCACUUCGAGGUGCUGGACGAUACUAUAGCUCAGUUUCUGUUUAGUCCAUCGGAAGUGAAGUGCCCUAAGCCGCUGACGAGGACGAGCGACACGAUUGCCGGGCAGUUGCUGCUCAAUUUGAACGCCCAGGAGCAGCUAAAAUACUAUAAGAUCAACAAUCUCUCGGAGAUCAGCUGUCAUUAUAAGGUAGUUCUUCGCCUCACUGACACCAAGAAUCAGCAGCUGUCGCCAGUGCCCAUCAAGCUGGCCGAGAUCAUGCAGCUGCCGAAGGACCUGGAAUUCAUGUGCAUGAAUUGCGAGGAUGCAACUGGGUCAGAGAUCUAUACCGAUUGCCAUUUCUUUGUGCUGGACAAGCCCGACAACGGAACCAUGCACAAAAAGAAGGCAUUCAAACGUGUGAGCUUUAAUAAUAAUAAUAGUAAUAAGAAUGACACUGGGUCGAAGCAGGAUCGCAUCUCGAUCAUGGUGUUGGGCAUCGAUAGCGUUUCACACUUAAAUUUCCUUCGUCAAAUGAAGCGCUCUGCUGCCUUUAUAAGGAAUAAUCUAUCCCAUGUGGAAUUCUGGGGCUACAAUAAGGUGGGUGACAAUACGUUUCCCAAUUUGAUUCCGCUGCUGAGCGGUCUGGAUGAUCAGGAGCUGAACAUAUCCUGCGUGGCCCCCAUGGCACAGCCGAGCUAUGAUGGCUGCACGUUCCUGUGGAAGCGCUAUAAGCAGGCGGGCUACAGGACGAUCUUUGCGGAGGAUGUGAGCUCCCUCGGGCUGUUCAAUUUCGAUCAUAGUGGCUUUCGGCGACAGCCUACGGAUUAUUAUUUGCAUCCAAUGCUGCUGGAGAUGGAGGCGCAUAUAGCCACCAACCCGGACCUCAACUUCAAGCUGUGCAUGGGUGGGCGGAGGACAGCGGAUGUGCUCUUCGAGUAUAUACGUAAAUUUGUGCCAAAGAUGCAGCAUGAGCUAUUCUUUUCGUUCUUCUGGUCGGUGACGCUCUCUCACGAUCAUUUAAAUUCACCGCAGCUGCUAGAUCUUCAGGUGGCAAUGACUUUGCAGCGGUUGCAGGAGUCCGGCGUGCUGAAUAGAACGUUGGUGCUCUUGAUGUCCGAUCAUGGCCUGCGCUGGGGCUCCUUUCGACGCACUUACCAGGGCAUGAUGGAGGAGCGGCAGCCCCUGCUUAUGGCCCUGUAUCCCGGUUGGCUCAAGCAACGCUAUCCGCUGGCCGUUGCCAAUCUGGAGUUGAAUGCCAAACGUCUGGUCACGCCCUUUGAUCUGCACGCCACAUUGUUGCAGCUGCUCGACAUGCGCAACUUGGAGCCGGAGCGCCUGCAACAAGGCACGGCAGAGUUGCAAGAUUCUGACAGCACAAUGCUCCGUGGUAUUAGCUUAUUUAUGCCGGUGCCAUUGGCGCGAAAUUGCGAACAGGCCGGCAUUGCGGCCCACUGGUGCACCUGCUAUCAGCGCAAGGAGCUGCCAACGAAUGACGCACGCGUUCAGCGUGCUGCACGCUAUCUGGUCCGUUUGAUCAAUGAACGAUUAUCGGCGCACUCUCAAUGUCGAACGCUGUACUUGAAUUCCAUCUUACAGGCCCUGAUUGCAGAGCCGCACAAAAAAAUUGUCAAAGACAUAACGAGCGAUUACGGCGUGGAUAUUACGCUUAGAUUCCAGACCAAGCCGGGUCUGGCUGUCUUCGAGUCGACGGUGCGAAUGACUGGCUAUAGAAGCGCCCUAACCGGCACGAUCAGUCGCAUUAAUCUGUAUGGCAGCCAGAGCUACUGCAUUAAAGAUUCGAAUCUAAAAAUGUUUUGUUACUGUCACAGAUAAGCACGAUUAAUUCUCUCUACAUUCAAGAAUUUUAAGCCCAAUACGUAGCCUUAGAUAUGUUACCCACAUACACACACAUGCCCACAUACAUACCCAAAUAC